CACUCCUCCAGAAUCAAGCAAUAGCUAGCUGUGGGGGCUGAUUUGAAAUGCCAGUACAAUUCUAGGGGCUAAACAGCAAUAUCCGUUGUUUGAGGGACCUAAUUUUAAAAACAAUUUUAAAAGAUUUAAGAGGCCAGCGUCGGAUAACGAACCCCAGCUGAAAACGACGAUGAUCUGUUCCUCAUCGGAUAACGUGGCUGGCGCGGCGAUGUCGUUUAUUUGCAGCUCCCUUAUCGGUAGCAUGUGUACGCAUGAUAGAAUUGGAGACGCAGCAGCCCAGCUGCUCGAUAGAAUGCCGCGGUGGGGAUGCACGCCUGAUGUUGUCGCGUACACUACUGUCAUUAAAGGUCUGUGUAGCCUCGGGAAUACGAGAUUAGCGAUUGAGUUCCUUGAGAAGAUGAAAGUUUUUGGAGAAGUCAAGCCUGAUGUAGUCACCUACAACACGAUCGUUGAUGGGCUUUGCAAGCAAGGGGAGAUGAGGACUGUUCCACUAUUCUCUCCUACACCCUGCAUUAUGCAUGACCAUUCCGUUCGAGGCCACUGGGAAGAAGCCAUGAGAGUCUUUAAAGAGAUGGUCGACUGUGGUCUUUGCCCGCAUGUUACGACCUUCCACACACUUGUAGAUUCCCUUUGUAAACAGGGAAAUACCAGUGAAGCACAUAAAUUGCUAAAGGCUGUGACUGAAAGUGGUAACAACAUAUUCAAUGACGCUAUGCACUUAGUCAGAAAAAUGCAACAGGUUGGGAUGCAGCCUAAUAUUUUUUCAUAUAACAUUCUGUUGGAUGGACUUUGUAAGGCUGGAAGAAUGGAAGAUGCGGAGAGUAUACUCAAUGAAAUGGUCGAAAAAGGGUUCAAUCCGGACAUCUUUACAUGUAACUCUUUAGUGAGUGGAUUCUGCAGACUUGGGAGAUGGGAGGACACAUUGAGGUUACUUUUUGAAAUGAGUGAUCGAGGAUUCCAUCAAAAUGUUGUGACCUACAUCGCAAUGAUUGAUGCUAUAUGUAAGGAAGGAAAGGUUGCAGAAGCGCAUAAUUUUUUGGGUGUUAUGAUUAAUAGCGGUGCAAAGCCUGACACGAUUGCUUACAAUAUUCUUAUGGAUGCAUAUUGUCUAAUAGGUAAAACGGAUGAAGGAUUGAAAGUUUUCGAUCUCAUGCUUGCAGAGGGUCAUAAACCAAAUGUAUUCACUUAUUCAAUUCUUAUCAACUCUUAUUGUAAAUCCAAUGCUUUAAGGUCCUUUGAGGAGAUGCCUAGAAUGGGACUGAAGCAGACCAAUGUUGUCUACAACACCACGCUUACAGGGCUAUAUCGAGCUGGAAAAGUUAGCGACGCAAGAAAAUUGCAUAAUAAGAUGAUUCAUGACAACGUGAUUGUAGAUAUUAUUACAUACCAUGUAAUCUUGUAUGGACCAUGCAAAAACAGGUGCAUUGUGAAGCAACAGAUCUAUUUCGAAGAAUUCUAA